AUGGCUGCAGCUGGUCACAUCCGCCUCGGGACUGCCUCCCCCGGCACCGCACCCUCCACACCCGAGACGAUAGCUCUCAUCGACACCCUCGCACAACGCGCCGCAUCUUCUCACGUCGACAUCCUCCUCCUUCCCGAAGCCUUCAUAGGCGGUUAUCCCCGCGGCAGCUACUUUGGUUGCAAAAUCGGCGACCGCAGUGCCGCUGGUCGCGACGAGUUUGCUCGCUACUUCGAUCAGGCCAUUGACCUGGGCGAUACAGUGGGACCAGCUGGCGGCGGCGCGGGUAUCAAGUGGGUGAAGAGACAGAUUGGCGAGGAGGAUGAGGUUCGUGGUGAUGGUUCGCGUGAAGAAUUGGAGCGCAUUGCGAGGGAUACAGGUGUUUUCGUAGUCGUGGGUUGUAUUGAGAAAGCGGGUGGGAGCUUGUACUGCUCUGUUGUAUAUGUUUGUCCUAAGGAGGGUAUGCUAGGAAAGCGUCGCAAAGUCCUCCCAACCGGCACAGAACGUCUCAUCUGGGCGCAAGGCUCGCCAAGCACCCUCCGCGCCGUAACAACCGUCAUUCGAGGCAUUCGCAUCAAUCUCGCCGCCGCCAUCUGCUGGGAGAGCUACAUGCCUCUUCUCCGACAGAGUCUCUACUCUCAAAACAUCAACCUGUAUCUUGCCCCGACGGCUGAUUUCCGCGACGCCUGGCUGAGUCUUGCGCGCACUAUCGGUGUUGAGGGCCGUUGUUUCGUCGUCUGUAGUAACAUGUGCGUUCCAAAGGAUGCGUCUGCUGAGACGAAUGGUAAUGGCGGCGGUCCUGCUGUUCGAGAACGUCGUGGCUCGUGUCUCACCGAGGAGGGCUUUGAGAUCGCCCUUCCGAAAUCACCUACUCGUUCGCGCCGUCGUAGAAAGUCUGUCUUUGACGAAGAUGGGAAUGAGAUUGUUCUCGGAUGCGAAGACGACGGCGAAGCGCCUCCUCCUCCUCCUGCGCGACCACAAGUCGCCGCCCUGAAGACUUCAGAGACCACCUUUGACAAGGCUGACUACAUCUCGCCUGGUGGCUCUUCUAUUGUAUCGCCGUUUGGCGAUGUAAUCGCUGGUCCUCAAUGGGGUGACCCUGACGGUAUUGUCUUUGCUGAUGUUGAUUUCCGCGAUUGUAUCAGAGGUCGCUUGGAUCUUGACACUGCAGGAAGCUACUCUCGAAAUGAUUCAUUCCAGUUCAGCGUUGAAGGAUUGAAUCUGGAUCCUCUGCCUUACUGA